AGCAGACAUUUUUUAAAAACUUCGAUGCUUUUGCGAAAGUUUGAUGCUUUUAGAUCCGCCAGAGGUUUGAAGAACGAAUUGGAAUCCUGGAGAAUUGGAUUUUGCCCUUGAAUUAGAAUUUCAGCUCCGAUGCGAUCCAAACUCCCAGACGCGGCUUCGAGUCGGAAAAUGGCUGCUUCGUCAGCGGUAGUGGCGAUUCUGGCCUCAAUUUGGCUCUGCAGUUCGAUUGCGGCCGACGCAUCUGGUUCUUCAAGUGAAACUACAAUGCAUACCAAUAACUGGGCUGUCUUGGUCUGCACCUCUCGUUUCUGGUUUAACUACAGGCAUAUGGCUAAUACUUUGUCCUUGUAUAGGACAGUUAAGCGGCUUGGGAUUCCAGAUGAGAGGAUAAUACUGAUGUUGGCAGAUGACAUGGCUUGCAAUUCCAGGAACAAGUACCCUGCCCAAGUCUUCAACAAUGAGAAUCACUGGCUCAAUUUGUAUGGUGAUAAUGUUGAGGUGGAUUAUAGAGGUUAUGAAGUGACAGUGGAGAAUUUUUUGCGGGUUCUCACUGGGCGGCAUGAGUCUGCUGUUCCCAGGUCAAAGCGUCUCCUUAGUGAUGAAGGGAGUCACAUUCUUCUGUAUAUGACUGGUCAUGGAGGAGAUGAAUUCUUAAAAUUCCAGGACUCAGAAGAGCUACAAAGUCAUGAUCUAGCUGAUGCCGUGAAGCAGAUGAAGGAGAAGCAUAGAUUCAAGGAAUUGCUGAUAAUGGUAGACACCUGCCAAGCUGCCACUCUUUUCAAUCAGCUCCAUUCACCUGGUGUUCUGGCCAUUGCAAGCAGCAUGAAAGGGGAGAAUUCAUAUUCGCAUCAUUUGGACUCUGAUGUUGGUGUUUCUGUUGUUGACCGGUUCACGUUCUACACCCUUGCUUUCUUUGAGAGGCUGAAUAUGUACGACAAUGCUUCAUUGAGCAGGCUGUUUAACUCGUAUGAUCCAAACUUAUUGAUGUCAAAUGCAUAUUACAGAACAGAUCUUUACCAGCGAAAUUUGCAGGAGGUUCCUGUGACGAACUUUUUCGGGUCUGUGAUGGAAACAGUCCACACAGAUUCGGCUUACAGGGCCUUUCCGCAAAAGAACACUCCCAGAGAAACUAGAAUUCGCACAGGCAAGACGGCUGAAGAUGAUAGCAGAAGAAGCAUCUUGACAGAUAUGACCAAGGCAGAAUGCCCUUUCACUCGAAUUGUGAGUUCAUUGGAAUCCAAAAUGGAAACGGUUGGCAAUUUGGAUUCCCUAGUGAAUUACGGAUUGGUGAUGAUACUACCUGUCCUCGUGGUAUCUGUGUGGUUGUCAACCUGAUUAUAAGAAAAUAUGUGUUUGGGUCAAGAGUUGAGGUCGAUAGAAGCGCUGGAGGCCCUCAAAAGCAUGUAGAUUAUGUCAUUUUUAUGCCUCAAUUUAUAUUUGUCAGCUAAUUGUAGAGAAUGGGGAACUGGUGGGUAAAAUAUUAAAAGUGGUUCCAACUCUUAACACUCACAUUCCUUACUCCUCGAUAGUGUUGUUAUUCGACGAUAAGAUUCAACUGGCUUUUACUGUUGGUCAAAUGAGUUUUGUUUAAUUUUUUAUUUUAUUUUAUGUUAACCAAUUUAGUCAUAUUUUAAAGGCAAAAUACAGUUCCAUAGCCAAA